AUUCUUGGCAGACGGACAGAGUGCGCUGGGGUGGAGCAACAGGGUUCAGUCAGAAGGACAAACGGACUGAAGGACAAGCAGACAUAAAACAGGGAACGCAAAAGAGAGGACAAUGGCGCUGGUCUCCACUGCGACCAUGUUUCGGAGAGCAUUCGCCUCGACGGCAGCCGGAGGUCACGAGGGUGGAGCUCGCACAUGGAAGAUCCUGAGCUACGUGGUGGCACUGCCCGGUGUAGGGGUGUGCAUGGCCAAUGCCUGGAUAAAGCUGCAACGCCACUCCCAUGAUCCGCCCGGGUUCCAACCGUACCAGCACCUUCGCAUCCGCACCAAGCCUUUUCCCUGGGGAGAUGGGAACCACACCUUUUUCCAUAACUCCCACACCAACCCCCUCCCAACUGGCUACGAGGGACCCCAUCACUGAGGGCAGCGCCACCUAGUCGUGGCUACAAGUUCAUCACACAUCAAGUAUAUACCGGCAAUGCAUACUUCCCCGGGGCCAACUGAUGUAGAUAUCAGAUGUGACCUUUCACUUUUAAAAUUAAAUAGCAUUACCCAAA